AUGCCAGCCGCGCUCGUCACGGGUGCGUCUGGAUUCCUGGGCCGUCAAGUGCUCAAGGUCUUUUCCGAUGCUGGAUGGAACGCAACCGGGACAGGCUUCAACCGCGCAUCGGGGGCAGUCCGCAAAGUGGACAUCCAAGAUGCAGAUGCCGUCACCAAAUUGUUCGACGAGGUCAAACCUCAAGUCAUCGUCCACUGCGCCGCGGAUAGGCAACCAGACUCGUGCACUCAGAACCCAGAGGCAGCACGCAGACUGAAUGUCACAGCGACCGAACUCCUCGCCUCUUGCGCUGCCAAACAUGAUGCCUUCUUCAUCUACAUCUCCACGGACUACGUCUUCCCCGGCGUGCAGGGUCAAGCGCCCUAUAAACCCACCGACACCCCGAAACCCACCAACGUGUACGGCCAGACCAAACUCGACGGGGAGACGGCGGUCCUCCAAUUCCCAAACACCGUCGUCUUGAGAGUCCCCGUGCUGUACGGCCCGACCUCUCCCAGAGAAAACAACAAAGAGUCAGCGGUCAACAUCCUGGUGGACAGUCUGUGGAAGUCGCAGAAUGAAAAAAUAAAGAUGGAUGACUGGGCGAUCCGCUAUCCCACGAACGUCGAGGACGUGGCCCGGGUGUGUCUCGACAUCGCCAGACUCUACACAACUGCACAACACCCGGACGAGCUCCCACGCAUCCUGCAGUUCUCCAGCGGGGAUCGCAUGACAAAAUACGAAAUCACCCAGAAAUUCGCCGAGAUCAUGGGUCUCCCCAUGGACGGGAUCGUACCUGACAAGGACGGAGGGAAGCCGGGCCCGGAUGGCACGCUGAGGCCGUAUGACUGCCACCUCGACACGGGUGAGCUGCAGAAGUUGGGGAUCGAUGUCUCCACGGUGGAUUUCGUGGCCUGGUGGCGACGCUGGGUUGGUGCCUAUCGACAUUAA